UUUAUGGUUGGCCAUGCGAUACUUUUUAGUUUUUGAUGCCCAAAAAACAUGAAGUCUUUUAGUAUUGCUUAUUGGCUUAAGCCUCAUCGUAUGUCUUGCAUGCUUGUUAUGGGAUUUUAUUUGUUGAUGCAAGCACAUCAAACAGUGGUUUCUCUGGUGCUUGGGGGGCACUUAUUUUUGAGUCAUGCUGGGGACAAACUAGAUUCUAGCUAGUGUCGAUUAGUGCUACUCUUAUUAGACCAUAAUUAUUGCAGGGAAGUCAGCUCUCAUAAGAAUAUAAUAUAAACUAAAUUAUUCUGAAGCUAGCAGAUGAUACAUUGAUAAAUUACAAAGAACUUGCAAUAUUAUAUAACUAUGCCAUUUUUUAUAUGGGCGAGUAGGGAAAAACAUGGAAAUCACUACUCAUUGACACUUAUGACAUGCUGCCCACGUCCGCACUUUGCCAUAUUCCUCCUCUUGUUCUUAUAAGUAGUUAAAUCUCUCAUUUUAUUCUCAUAGCUAGUUUGUGCCCUUAAACACCAUGGUCCCAGCUUCAGAUAUUGUCCUUCCCACUUCAAAUAAUGGAACUCGCGAAACACUUGAAAUCUCUGAUGAUCUGGACUUCUGUAUGAGUACUGCUGAACAUUUCCAUGAGUUAAAAUUCAUUGCUAUUGAAGAAUCUAAAAAGUUGGUCAGAAAGGAGAGUAUGCAAAAGGAAAAGCAGAUUUCAGUGGAUCCAAUAUCGUUGAGAGAAUCAUCAAGGAGAGAAUCUAGCUUCAAUUUCAUGCUGCCGCUAGUUUCAACUACUCCAACUCCAGACCUGCUACCACCUGCACUGCCUUCAAAAUCCCAGCUUAUAACCUGCAGCCUCCCCAGCUCAGCCUGCUCAUCUCCUUCGAUCAGCUUCACCAUGUUGAAGAAGAAAUGGAAAAACGAAAGCCAAGCAUCUCCCCGCCAAAUUGACAAAAUGGCCAGUCGACAUUCUUCAGCACAUGCUCCCCUCGCUGCUCAACAAGAAAUUCACUUGCGAAGGAGCAAGUCUUGUGCAGAAGGAAGGACAGCUGCACCGGCUGAUGGACUUGAUCUUUGGUUCACCAGACCAAAUGCUUGCAAAUCCAAUAACAGACCUCAUGGACACUUCAAAACUGAGGCUAGCAAAGAAGAUCUCAUAACUGGUGAAAAGAUGGAUUCCAUUGAUGAUGGAUUUAAAUGCGGUGUGCUAUGCUUGUACCUCCCAGGCUUCGCAAAGGGAAAACCAGUGAGACCAAAAAAGGAAGAAGUAAAAGUAGAUUUGGGAAAUGUAAUAUCCAGGACAGUUUCUCUGGAAAAAUUUGAAUGUGGUUCAUGGGCUUCAUCGGCCAUCAUAAAUGACCAUGAAGAUGACUCCAUGAAUCUUUACUUUGAUUUGCCAAUGGAGUUGAUCCAAACUAAUUCCAAUGAUGCAACUUCACCGGUUGCUGCCGCCUUCGUCUUCGACAAGGAUCGAAAAGGAGUUCUCAAAAGUUGUUCAACAAGAGCAGCACCCAGGAAAUCCCAUGAAUCUUUUCGCCACGUUCGGUUUUCAACAUCAUCUUCCACAUCGCACCCUACCUCGCCAACUUCUUGCAUUACACCUCGCUUGCAAAAGGCUAGGGAGGACUUCAAUGCUUUCUUAGAAGCACAGGGUGCAUGAAAUUUCUGCUAACUUCCUUUCCUUCUAGCAUCGUGUUCUUCUGUUUGUUGCAAUUGUGCAGUUUUGGAUGACAAAUUUUACCGAGUCUGAUGCAUCCUUCAUUUUCCAGCCAUAUUCUGGGGAUAAGCGAGAGAAGGUUGAACAAUAUAAUUGUACGAGAAUUUUGCCAUUUCUUGUUCUUCAUUUGUUUCAUGUAUUGGGUUGAUAGAAUGGUCUUCAUGAGGUUGCUGUCAAAUUAAUUCUAGUGACCAAUGAACCACCAUGCAAAUUUUCAGC